CACCAUUCUCUCUCCUCUACGCCAUCUUCAGGGGACACGUCAUCUUCUCUCUCUCUCUCUAAAAUUAACUCACUGGAUAAGAACCGACGAUCUCGCCUCUCCGCACCCUCCGUAUCUAAAAUCCUCUUCCUCUUCCUUUCUAUUUAAUUCGCUCUUCCCCUUUCUCGAUCCCUCCAAUUAUAUCCAUCUUUGCAUCGCUUUUGCCUCCGAUUAUCCUGGUUUUGAAGCUCUUCUUCUUCUUCUUCUUCUUCUUCUUGUUAAUGGCGUCUGUUUCUACUGCUGCUGGAUUCAUUGCCCGGACUGGUUCUUCGUCUUGGAUUCGCCAACGAAAUCGGGCGAACAAGCUUCAUCGGAGUUCGAGGAAUCAAGUUAGGGCUUCUUAUUCUUCUUAUUCCUCUUCUUCUAUGGCUGAUCCUUACCGGACUCUUCGGAUUCAACCUGGCGCCUCUGAAUCUGAGGUCAAAAAAGCCUUCCGUCAACUCGCUCUUCAGUAUCAUCCGGAUGUAUGCAAAGGAAGUAAUUGUGGAGUGCAAUUUCAUCAAAUCAAUGAAGCCUACGAUAUUGUGAUGAACAAUUUAAGAGGAAUAUCAAUGCCAAUCGAGACGUACGACGAAGGGGGUGACGAACCGAUGAGGGGAAUGGGGGAUCCGGAUUGGGAUUUGUGGGAGGAAUGGAUGGGAUGGGAAGGCGCAGGGAUUCGAGAUUAUUCAUCGCAUAUAAACCCGUACAUUUAAAUGAAAUUGGUGUGAAGGAACAUAAUUUGUUCAUAGAACUGAGCCCUAAUCUAUCAACAUCAUCCAAUGGUGGUGGUUGCUUGUGCAUAUAAUUUGGAUAGGGAGAGAUUGAAGAAUGGCUCUGUCUUGAUGUAUCCACUUUUGUACAUAAGGUCAAGACAAUGGCUUUGGGUUUUAAUAAUAAUGUGAGAAGGCUUUCAAGAUGCCCUUUCGAAUUUGUGGGCC